UCCUCUGUUCCAGGCCUUACUUUAAUCUAGUGAUCCAGUUUUGGAUGUUGAGUAAUCAACAACUUGGUUCUUUCUAGCUGUGAUCUAUGGCAGUGGUGUGAAUAAAAAUAAGAAAUAGCUCAGCUGCUGAGCUCCCAGUGCCCGGCAAGAGCCUUCCCUCCGGGAAAUCCACCACUCGACAGCCCCAACAGUACUUUACCAGUGGCCGCAGUCCCCCUGGUUUUCCCAUGGGCUCACAAGCUUCGCUGUAAAAGAAAUAAAGAGAGAGCGGCAACGUUGCUUUCACUGCAGUUUUGCAUCGUGUGCACCGCUUCAGCUGGGUCGAUUUGCUUCGGUUUGCGUGUGGCGAUGGGAAUCGCCCGGUUGGCAGCUGUACCCGCGCAGCCUCGCGUGCUGAUGCCGCAGACACCCCAGUGUCCUCCUGCUUUUCCUUGCCCCUCCGCUCCCGGGGACUCCUGUCCCUUCCCAUAGAUCAGAUUGCCCGUGUUGUGUUGGAAGAAGUCCGUUUGAUAGGAAAGUAGAGGUUUUGGAAGAGAUGAAGGAUGGUGCGUCGGCGUCGAGCUUGGCGAUCACGGAGAAGAGGCAGAGGCCGCCGCAGCAGAAGCCUGGCGGCGGAUGCAUCAGUGUCUUCUUCCAGCUCUUCAAUUGGAAGAAGAAGCUCUUCUCCAAGAAACUCCUCCCUCCAGUCUCUGGUGCCGCGAAAAGGGUGUCAAAAAAAAUUGCUGGUAGAGAGGAGAAGAUGCAGAAAGUAUCCAUGGCAAAGCUGUUACUGAUUGCUGAUGAGAACCAUGGAGGCUUUCCGAAUACGAAAAGAUCAGAGGAUGAGACCAGCUGUUCUUCUUCCCCGGGUGGUCUGGGCGACGGGAUGCGUGCUCCUGGCUUGGUGGCCAAGCUCAUGGGCCUCGAAUCCAUGCCUGUUGCUCGCCGUGAAAACACAACGAAUGCUUUGGGUUCCAAGCUCGAUGGCACUCUCGAUGAGGCUUCCGAGCUUGAAGAAAUUUGCUCGGAAACGGGUGGGCAUGGAAAGGCCGAGACGAGGCCUCAGAAGGUCCAGAAGACUGGAGUCACUUCCCGGUUCAGUUCCAACGAUUUCCAGUUCAACAGGAACAUGCUAUCGAGCUCGAGAAGGCAGCACCAAAAGCUCGCUUCCCCUGUGAAGAGCCCAAGGAUGUUUUCGAGAAGGAACAAAGCUCGGUUGAUGGAGGCUGCGACUAAGAUCCUGGAACCGGGGCUGCAGUCCAGGAAUCAGGGCAGAUGCGCCCUUACUUAUAUCAGCUCCUCGCGAGUCCGUAGAGAAGGAUCCAAUGCUGCUCUGUUUCUCAGGAAUUCUGGAGAACCAUUGAAUGAUUUGCUCGUUGGUUCUUGUAAGAAUUGUGGAAAUGUAGUUGAAGUUACGGGGCUAAUGACAGGCACCAAGGAGACGCAGGUAACUGAGAAUGGGCACUGUGAUUCAGAUUUGAAUAAUGCUUCAUCUUCCCAUGGUGGUGGGUAUGAAAAAAAUAAGCCGAAACCUCCAGCCGUGCUGUCCGGUCCAAACAGAACAGCUUCGCUUCUUGUUCAUGGCAAUGUCAAUGUGCAGAAUUCACCAGAAAGCGGUCAGAGUAGAGCGACAUCUCUGGCUCUUCAAGCUAAGAUCAAUGUCCAGAGCAGAGCUCAUGACUUGAUGGAAAGGAAGUGCCAUAAAGCAUAUGAUCAGAACCUGUGCAAGGCCAGAGUUGAACUAGCUUCAAGAUCUGCCCUCAAACAGAAUAAUUUGAGGCAAAACCAGUUACCAUCAGUUAAUGAGAAAGCAUUUGUGGGUUCUGAAGUGUGUGGAAGACAACACAGCGGGAGAGAACCAUAUGCAUCAAAUGGGACCAAGGAUUUUGUUGCUUUGAACAGAAACCUGAACAAUUGUUUGCGUUCCAGAUCCCCAUCUAAAGUUUUGGAGAGAAAUAGAAUGGAAAUGGAAAGGAAUGAUUUGGAAAAGAAGAACGUUGCUCAGAAAAGAAGACUGGUGGGUAACUCUCAGAUUGGAAAUGCAGGAAUGGUUAACGUAAGGUCAAUGAAGCAAAGAAGUGCCAGACGUGACUUGAUUAAUGAAACAGCGACAAGGGUUAUGGUUAAUCGUUCCAUCAAUAAAAACAAUACCAAAAUUGAGUCAUGGAAACAGGUGCAAGUUGGUAGCAGAGGCGGGAAUGCAGGUAUAGUUUCUUUCACUUCACCGAUGAGACAAGGUUCUAGGUCUUCCACCCACAGAAAUAUGGUAGGGAAGAGAAGGGGUGUUAAAGAACUUGUUCAUGAUGCUUCUAGUUCGAGAAAGUUGGUAUCAGAUGCAGAAAAAAGAGUAGCAGAUGCAGAAACAGGAAACUUCUCAUCUCAGAAAGGAAUGACCCAAGGAGAGGUUCCACUGGUUGCUCUUCUAGGACAAAUCAGAGAGUCUUUGGUCCAAGAUGGGUUACAAACAGGGGGUGCUCUUCCACGAAGAUCUCCCGCAUCUGUUUUUGAAGAGCUGAUAUCUGCCCUUAAAAAUGGAUCUCGCCCACCUCAGAGAAAUGGUGAUGGAUUGCCAAGUAGGUUGGGCCCAAAAGAUAAUUCGUGUUAUGACUGCACUGACUUGUCUAAUGAUGCCAAUUCUCAUGGUGACACACCUACUAUCAAUAAAAACUUUCAGGCAGGGGCAAAAACAGGGAUAUCCAUGGCAUAUACCGCCAGUGAUGGUGAUCAUCCUAGCCCAAUAUCAAUUCUUGAAGCUUCUUUCUCAAAUGACAGUUGCUAUUCUUGGAGUCCCAGUGGCUGCUCAGGAUGCAAGCCAGACUCCACUGUAAGCUCCUGCAGCAAGAUACAAGCGUUGGAUCGAGAAAGUGAUCUUUUAGACUCUGCAUCUUCCACUAAUAUUGGGAAUUUUGAUACUGACAACACUGCCUGCCCGGUUGACAAUAUUUCAACCAUGCAUAGUAUCUAUUCCUGUAAACCUGAACUCAAGGACAGUAAGCUCGGGUAUUACAUCGAUGCUAUUUCCAAUGCUGGAUUACUGUUUGAGAGCAGUUCCUCGUUUGGGUCAAAUGCGGCAGAAAACUUGUCCAUGGAUUUGUUUCUUCACGAUAUGGCAGAAGCUAUGAUAGAUGCUUCUCAUAUUAGUUCAAAAUGUAGUUCUGGUUUCACAGAGAAUAAAGAGGGGAGUUCACUUAGGCGGCUUCAUUUUGACUGCAUGAUAGAGUGCUUGGAUUCUAAAUACAGCUGCCUCUGUAGUUCUGGUUACAAGGCAUGGUCGAUUCUCCCAUUGUUUUUAGGCACAGAUAGGUUGGCAAAAGAGGUUGAGAAGGAGAUAACAGGAUGGACACGUUCCGCUGGGAAGACUUUAGAUGAGCUGAUUGAGAAGGAUAUGAACCUUUCAACCGGAAAAUGGACAGAGUUCAAAAUCGAAGCAUUUGAAAUUUGUAUGCAGAUUGAGGGUGACGUACUCCAGGUACUGAUUGAUGAGACAGUGAUAGAUUUUUGUUUGUGCUGAAUUGAGACAUUGGAAUGCUAAAAGCUUCUUAAGGAGCAUACUGCAGUGUAUUAGAUGCAGACUUGUGAGCUGUACUUUGUAUACGACCAUGUGUGGGCAAAAGCAUCAUGUACAAACGAGGUGGUGUUUCGGGUUUUGUAGAGGAAUUGUUCAUAGGAGUUUUUGUGGAUUUGGAAGGAGCAUUGCAGCUUUUUUGCAUUGAAAGUUGCUGCUUUCUGGAGUUGUCAAAUGCUGCUUUUUUUUUUUCUCUCUCUCUCGCUAGUAGUUAUCAUAACUGAGUGAUGUAUCACAUUUUGUUGUAGUUUCCUGAAUCUAAACCAAGUAGUUGAAAUAUCUCUUACUAAACUGGAAUCUAUAGCGUUUUCUUAUUUAAA